UUAGUUUUACUCGGCAUCCAUUAAAUUUCUAUUAGGUGAAAGUUUAUAAGUAUUACAAGUACAACUUUCUGUUUAAUAAUUUGUAAUUUUAGAAGUUUUUACUCAAAAUUUACUAUAUAUUUUAAAGAAAGAAUAAGCAUAUUAGAUUUAAAAAUGAAUGUUCCUUGGAAAAGUACACCAGAAAAUGACGAAGAAAAUACUAAUUCCAAUGAAAAGAGAAGAAAAAUUGAUAAAAGUACACCAGAAAAUGAUGAAGAAAGUUCUAGUUCUAAUGAAAAAAGAAGAAAAAUUGAUAAAAGUACACCAGAAAAUGAUGAAGAAAGUUCUAGUUCUAAUGAAGAAAGAAGAAAAAUUGAUAGAAGUACACCAGAAAAUGAUGAAGAAAGUUCUAGUUCUGAUGAAAAAAGAAGAAAAAGUGAUUUCAGUAGUUUUCAUAUAGUCGAGAGUAUUGAACUACGUAGUUUCUACAAGGAAACUGAAAAAGUAACCAAAGUAAAUGUAUUAGAUAGAAUUUACGUGCCAUGUGUUACGAGUGAACUGAGUUGUAAUUUUAGAAAUGAUGUUAAAUGUACUUUUGGAGUUACUGAUGGAAAGAUGAAUGCAAUUGAAACCAUACAUUGUGACAAUAAAAAGAAACUAAAACAUAUUUAUACAUUUAAGAAACAUGCUGAAAAGUGUAUUGCUUCAUGGAUUCCAGAUAUACAUGGAAAUCUUCCUGAAUAUCUUCUGGCUGCUAGUGAUAAUUUAUAUUUAUAUGAAGAUGUAAGUUCUGAUUUAAUUCUCAAAGGAUUUUUUGCAAACAUUGAACAAAAUAAUCCAAUAAUUUCAUGUGGAUGGUGCACUCAUAAUCCUCAGUAUGUAGGUAGUAUGCAAUUGAAUGGUGAUUGUAGUAUAUGGUCACUUAAUAGAAAAGACAAAGUCAUUAUUUUCGACCAUCAACAUGUUUAUAAGCCAAAUUGGAAUAAUGUUGACACAAAUAUAGGAAUGUGUUUUUAUCAUGGUAGUUCGAAGCAUUGUUUUAUGACGUAUAAUGGCAAAACAGUGAAUUUUGUAAAUGAUAUAAGAUGUCCUGCAAAUUCUUACGUACACGAUUUCGAGAAUCCAAUUUUUAGUGUCAAAAACUCACUUCGUCGACCUUGGCUUGUUUCAUGUGCCGAAAGAAAAAAUGUUUCAAUUAUAGACGUUAGAUUUCCAAAUCAAGCAUGUUCCUCAAUGACUUCCUUUGAUCCAUCUGAUAAUGCAACUUGCUUUUCAUGGUCAAUGAACGGCGACAUUGCAAUUGGAACUGAAGAAGGAAAAUUCAUAUUGUGGAGUCCAGAAAAUAAUGAAAUUCAAAAAGACUACGACAUAAAUUUCGGAUAUAUAUACUCACUCGAAUAUCAUCGUACGGCAAGAGACAUUUUGUUUGUUUGCCAUUAAUGUGUCUAAUACCUAUUUUAUUCAAUAAUGUAACUGUAAUUGCAUACUUUUGCAUAAUGUUUAAAACUUUUUACUGGAAAAAUUAUUUGUACUGGAAAAUUAUUUUUAUUGAAGUUAUAAUCACCUUUUUUAACUUUGUAAAAAAUUUUAUGUAUUUCAUAAUUAUGUAUGAGCAUAAAUUUUUGAUACGCCUCUAUAUCAGAAGGAACAAUUGACGAUUUUAAUCGAAAUUUAUUCAGAAAUAUUUUUACAUAAAUUUGUUUUUCGAAUGAUAUUAAUAUGUUAAGUUUACAGAUAAUAAUAAAAACAUUCAAAUAACUCUUUUAGACGUAAUUUCAGAUGAUAACGAUAUCUGUAGUUACAACUUGUUUCGCCUUAUGAAAUAAUGUAAGAAAAUAUUUAAAGUAUCAAUUAAGAAUUUUUAAAAACUAUUGAGAACAACUAUAAGACAUUCUGUUUAUUUAUACUGUG